AUGGGACAGAAGUAUUUGGCGAGCGGCAAGUCUCUGUCGAUGCGAAUGUGGGAAGAAGAAAAACCGACCCAGGAAGAGAAGCCUAUAUCGGCACGCGAUUACGAAACAUGUGGUUAUGUCAUCUCAGGCAAGGCUGAACUGCAUUUUGAUAACGAUCAAAAAGUUCUCCUCAGCGCUGGUGAUUCUUGGAUUGUACCCAAAGGUGCCAAGCAUACCUACAAGAUUCUGGAGAACUUUACCGCUGUCGAAGCCACCCAUCCACCUGCGGAGGUCAAGAACAGAGAUGCAUCAGUAGCUCAGUGA